GCCCCCCCCCAAACCGCCCCUCAGCCUCUCUCUGCUGCCCCUAUCUGGCCCCCCCCAGCCCCUCAACUGCCCCCACAGGCCCUAUCUGCCCCCCGCAAAGGCCCUGAACUGCCCCCUCAGGCAUUCUCUACUCUCCCCAGCCCUUAUCUGCCCUCCUCAACUGCCCCCUCAGGCGCUAUCUACCCCCCCCAAAGUGCCCCCUUGGCCCCUAUUUGCCCCUUCAGGCCCUUUAUGUCCCCCCAAACUGCCCCCCCCCCCGCCCCUAUCUGCCCCCGCAAGUCGCCCCUCCAGGCUGGUUACCCAGCGCAUGCGCGCUGUCGUCCCCCCGCCGUACGGCGGAAGUGCGCCCUCACAGGGGGACCGCAUUGUACGGCGGACCCAUCGGAAGUGCUCCCGCCACCGACCGGAAGUGGGGGUGGGGGCGGCGGUAAACGCUGCACCGGGGCGGCGGCGGCGAGAGCGGCCCGGCCCGGCCCUUCCCGGUGCUCCCCCCCCCCCCCCCCCCCCCCUCCUCCCUCAGCGGGGCCUCGGCGGCGGCCGGGACCCCCCCCCAACCCGCCCCGGGGCACCGCACCGCCCGGCUGGAACCAUGGCGGAGGCGGCGGACAGCGGCGGCUGCGGAACCGCCACCGUCAUCGAGACCGGCGCCGCCGAGCCGGAGAACCGCAGCCUGACCCUGAAGCUGCGCAAGCGGAAGCCGGACAAGAAAGUCGAGUGGUCGAGUGACACCGUCGACAACGAGCACCUUGGCCGCCGCUCCUCCAAGUGCUGCUGUAUCUAUGAGAAGCCGCGGGCGUUUGGGGAGAGCUCGACAGAGAGCGAGGAGGAAGAGGAGGAGGAAGAGGAAGCGGCGGUGGCGACGACGAGAGGGGGGGACGAAGGCUGCGGUCACCUCCACUGCGUCCGGGGACAUAAACGGGGGCGGGGGCGGCGGGGGGGGGCCCGGGCCCCCUGCCCCUAUGGAGCACUGAGGAAUCCCCUAUGGAUGCUCCUGCCCCCCCCACAGACACACACCCCCCCCCCCCCCCAACUGACCUGUGUCCCCCCUCCAGGACCCCUGACCCCAAAUAUUGACUCUGGGCUUGACCCCCACCCCAAAAAUCACCCCCCCAUCACCUUGGGGAUUGCCCCGCCCACCCAAAUCAAUGCCUGAGCCCCCCCAAAUCAAUGCCUGAACCCCCCCAGUUGAUGGCUGAUGCCCUGCCCCAGCUCUUGAGGACCCUCCCUCCCCAAAAUAUCAAUGCCUGCUCCCCCCCCCAAAACACCAUCUCCUGGUCCCCCCAUCCUGCCUCACCCCCCACCCCACACACACCCAGUGUUUGGGGGGGCCAUUUUGGGGUGCCCCCCUCCCAAAAUCAUGCCCCGCCCCCCCCCCCCCCGCACUCCAUGGCACCUGUGGGCAUUAAAGGUGGCACCGCUGCGA